ACAUGCAUGUAUUUCUCGCUUAUCUAAAGACGUCCAAACAUGCUGUCUUUCAUGUUUGUGCUCACCAGGCAGUUCGUUAUUAAUUACAUGAAAGCAGCAAGACUGUGUGUGCGUGUGCGCGCGCGCGUGUGUGUGUGUGUGUGUGCGCCGCGCUGUUUUCCAGUUUUUCAUAUUCCUUUCCUAUGGGUUACAAAGUUGACUAAACCACUACAAAUUCAAUGAAAGUGGUGAUCAGCAACGUGAUAUGGCUUCACUGAUUUCAUAUUCUACUUUAAAAUAAAUAAAUGAUCUCCCCGAGCUGAAAUAGGGGUGUGAGUUUGUUGCAUGUUGUGUCAUAGUUAAACAUUUAGGGGCGGGACAUGUAGGAACUCGCGGUUGAAAGGAGAGGACACUUUUACUGCGAGAUUUCAGCGGAGCGCGAGAUUUCGUUGGUGUCCAAGGAGACGAGAGAGUGUUUCCACUCUGCAGUGAGGAAGAGGCGGCGCGUGUGUGUUCCUCCUGUGAUGUUUGUGUUCAGCAGGGAGCAUUUUACACGAUGGACCUACCGGAGGCGCUCAGAAGACGUCUGGAGGACUUCUCUCGGACCGUGUUGUUCGACCAGAGCGGGACUCAGCCCUGCGCCGGAGAGAAUGACGCGUUCGUGCCACACGACAAGCGGGUGCUGUCGAGUCUCCACCUCCAGAUGUCGCUGUACUUCAACAUGUGGUUCUUCCCCUUGUGGUGGAUCAGUGAAACGGUCAUGCUGCAGCUCAAGUAUCCUGCCCUGCCCGACUACUACAAGUUCAUCCUCGUCACCGUUCUCAUCCUGAUGACUCUGAUCGAGGCGAUUCGACUCUUCCUCGGUUAUGCGGGGAACCUGCAGGAAAAGGUCCCGGAGUUGGCUGGAUUUUGGCUGCUGAGCAUCCUGCUGCAGUUCCCACUGAUCCUGUUUCAGCUCUUCAAUGAAGCCAUCCUCAUCCAACCCCUGGAGAGAGGCGUCCACAUCGUGCUCUCCAUGUUCAUACUCACACAGGCCCUCUAUGGUUUUUUGGCGCUCCGGGACAUGGUCAGACACACGGGGAGACAAUUUCAUCUCCGACAGUUUGACUGAAUUCUGAAGCUCCGAAGUCCACGCCACACACACACACACACACACUCUCCACUCCGAGGCUGACGACAAAAAAUGCUGUGUAGUUUUUAUAAUACACAUUGUACAUUUAUUUUUAUAUUUUAGUCACGUUAUUCAAUGAGAUUGUACUUUUUUGUAGCAUUGCAAUAAAUGUAAUCUAUGAAACGCACCGUUGCCAAGAAGCUCAAAGGUGUGUCCAUACCUUUAUCAACACUGCAUCAGCAUUUCCGUAAAUAUUGUGCAAAAAUAUAAAUUGUUAUCAAAAUAAAAAAGGGAUUUGUGGUUAAACAUCA